UCAAGCAGCAGAAUGCCUACACAACCAACUCUGACCACCAUCAAUUACAAUCUCAACCACCAUCACUGCCUACACAACCAACUCUGACCACCAUUAAUCUUCACCACCAACCCCAUUACUCAUUCCUCCUACACCAUAAAUCCCUUUACUUCCUAUAUUAGUCCCCUAUGCACCAAAGGCAUCCUCCACCAUUACAUUACUUCCCUUCUUCCCUUGUUGCAGGAAAUAACCAGAAGAAAUGGAACAAGAUCCACCAUCAACCUUCAUCCGCCCUUGCAAACGCCAAGACAACCUUGCCUCCAGCUCUCGUCCUCUCAUUCCCGGCCCAGCUGGCGCCGUCCAGGCCGCCAUGAUUCACCGCAGAUCCACCGACGACAAACCAAACAUUUCAACCCAACAAUUCGUUAGGCAAGUCCUCCAAGACGGCCACGACACCGAUCCCGAUUUCCAAUCCAAUGCUUGGCUUUCAGCCCUGCAAUUAAACGGAUCUGCCACUCCUCUGGGCGCAAUCACUCACCAUCAUGAAAGAGUAGAUCACGUCAUCGGUGUUAUCAAAUCCUGCAAUCCCAAUGGGUUUGGAGAUGCAACAGUUACACUCAAGGACCCUACGGGCACUGUUGGCGCUAGUAUCCAUCACAAGGUCUUCACUGAAAGCGUAUUUGCGAAAGACAUAACUGUUGGAUCUGUUCUGCUUCUCCAAAAGGUCGCUGUGUUCUCUCCUAGAAAGUCUAAUUGUUAUCUGAAUAUAACCUUGUCCAAUGUAGUCAAGGUAUGAUAAUCUUCUUCCACAUCUAAAAUAAAGCAUUUGAAUCUUUUCCACAUCUACAACAAAGCAUUUGAAUCUGUUUUCAUUAUACAUGUAUUUUCAAAGGACAGUGCACCUCCACCUGGAAGCUUCACAAACAUAACAGAAGAUUAAUAUUAGUUCUUUACUAAUCUAUAUUAAGGACUAUUUGUGUAACUUUUGAAAUGCUGAACUUAGAUUUCGUAUUGUUAUUUUGCUUUACUUUUCUAAUGCUUAACUUGGAUUAUUGUAUUGUAAUUUUGUUUAAAUUGGAUUAUGUAACUUUUCAAUUUUAAAGUCAUGUUAUAUUUGCUGCAAUUGGACUAAAGUCAUGUUAUUUUAACUGUAAUUAAAGAAUCCGAAGGUUUAACUCUCGGACUAGUCCAGAACAUCAACCUCUGGACUGGUAUGGAGGUUUAAGUCCCGGAGGGUAUUCCCGGCAUUUUUUUAAAAAGACUAGGGUGGCAAUUCUAAACCCAGGGGUGGGAAAUCUAAUUCCCCGUGCCCGUGCGUGAACAAGAGACUACGGUAUCAGAAUUUUUUUAUGAAGUAGUCCCUGAAGUUUUCCCUUACCUUUACAUUUGCCUUUUUUUUGUUUUUUUUUACCCAAAUUAUGAUCUGGGCCAAAGAAAAAAAAUUUUUUUUUGGCCAGAGCCUGGGCACAGGCCCAGGAUGGCCAGGCGGUACAUCCGCCUCUGUUCAUCUCAUUCUCAGUCACCACUCUGUUUUGCUCUGUUUUUCUGCCAUGGAUUCAACCUCUAGCGAAGUAGUCCAAGAUUUCUCACCCCUCAUCAAAGUCUACAAAGACGGCCGCGUAGAGAGACUCGUAGGGUGCGAAUUGGUUCCCCCAUCACUGGAUCCCGCAACCAACGUUGAAUCCAAAGACAUUGUGAUCUCAAAAGACGACAACGUAUCUGCCAGAAUUUUCCUUCCAAAACUCACCAAUCCAAACCAGAAGCUCCCUCUCCUUGUUUACUUCCACGGUGGUGGUUUCUGCGUAGGAACACCCUUUUCUCCUCAUUAUCACAACUUCCUCAACACCAUUGUUUCUCAGGCUCGUGUGGUUGGUAUCUCUGUUCAUUACAGAAGAGCCCCAGAGCACCCUGUUCCAAUCGCUUUCGAAGAUUCAUGGACUUCGCUCAAAUGGGUUGCUUCCCAUUGCGGCGGAAACGGCCCUGACGAGUGGCUCAACCGCCACGCUGAUUUUGGUAAGGUGUUCAUCUCAGGGGACAGUGCAGGGGGAACCAUUGCACACCAAAUGGGUAUUCGGGUCGGGGCAGAGGGGCUUCCGGGUAUCAACCUUGAAGGGAUUGUUCUGGUUCAUUCCUACUUUUGGGGUGUGGAGCGAAUUGGGUCAGAGUCAGAGCAACCGGAGCUUGCGGCGUUUAUGGGGAAUUUGUGGCGGUUCACAUGUCCCAGUAGCACUGGAUACGAUGACCCGUUUUUGAAUCCGGCUAAGGAUCCGAAUUUGGGGAAGCUUGGUUGUAAGAGAAUGCUGGUUUGUGUUGCUGGGAAUGAUAUUUUGAAGGACAGGAGUUGGUAUUAUAAAGAAUCACUGGAGAAGAGUGAGUGGAAAGGGGUUGUGGAGGUGGUGGAGUCAAAAGGGGAAGAUCAUGUAUUUCAUCUCCUCAAGCCAAACUUCUCAACUCUGUUUGGAGGAGUCUUUAAAGAGAAUCAUAACCAAGCUUACUCGAUUGAUAGCUUGAAAAAGAUUCCACAACAUUCCGAUACUCCUUGGAUUUCAAGAAGUUCUCCAUGAUGAGCAUGCUCUAAGGAUCAUAGUAAUUAGUAACCAUCAAAAUGAGGAAUUGAUGGCUGCAUAAACGAGCCUUCAGAAGUUCAGAUGCCAUUUGCUACAAUGCUACUACAAUAAAAAACU